UACAUUAUACUUCUUGGAAAAACAUGGUAGGUGAAUAUAUAAUUAUAUAUAUAUAUAUAUAGUAUAUAAUAUCGCCUGUGAGUGUGGCCCCCAGAGUCUAUACUCUGGAAUAGGACGCUAUAAAAAAAAAAAUCUUCUAUUGAAGCCAUACAAACACACACACAAACGACGGAACAAGUGUGUUUGUUCCGUCGAAUGUAAAUGGAUCGCCAACUCAGGACGUCUGACUCGGCGGUGACUCUGGCGGUGCUUGAUGAUGCCACUCCCAAUCAUCACUUUCAACGGCGUCACCGCACUAUUCCAUCCACUCAGAUGAAGGAAACGAGUAGAUGGGAAAAUCUGAAACUUGCUUACAAGACAUUGGGAGUUGUUUUUGGAGGGCUUGUGACUUCCCCACUUUAUGUUUACCCUUCAAUGCCUUUGAAGAUAUUGCGAUCGCAACCUAAGGCUAGGGUUCUGGCUUCUCUCGAUAGAACGUCACCCCUCCUUGUGAUGAUGAGAAUGGAUUUAGAGUUUUUGGUAUCAAGAACGUGAGAUUGCGAUUGCAACCGGCUAGGGUUUGUGGUCGUUCUCUUAAGAACACGAGGCUGUAACGACCCGGUCAUUUACCUCCCUUUCCUUUUUCCUGAAAUUUUACGAAUGAAUUUUUUUCGUUUAAUUUUCUUUUCUGAACUCUGUUUCUUGUCGCUUAGUGUCGUCUCGAGUAUUUGGAAAUGAUUUCUGAGACUCUUUUCCGUGGAUUGACAACUUCCUUUGAGGACCGAGUCAUUUCAGCAUUUUCGCUUUUCGAACACUAUGCGCUAUUUCGUCCUUUUCCCUAUUCUGUCUUAUCUCCGUUUGUCACUUGUUUGGUAGAACCUCACUUUUUGUGCUUGGAGUUAGUUUUUGACUUCACAUACCUUCAUCUUCAGUGGUUUUCUUGAAAUACGUAUCUUUACUUUUGCAAGAAAGUACUCUGGUUGCUCCUGGUGUCCACAGGGCAUAAAUGCACAAUUAUUCAGAAUCUUUUUCAUUUCUUGGGGUAUUUUUCGUAAAUAUCUUUUGAAAAUAUUUUAUUUCAGGGGUAUCUAAGAAAAUAUCU